AUGUAUGUUUACCGACGAGUUAGUAGUCUACUUGAAUGUCCUCAAAUUCAGUUGGAAGCUGAUGAAAUUCAGAUUACAAAUGACAAAACUAAAGUCCGUAUUAUUCGUUCUGGUGUUGAACUCAAUUACUAUCAAUUCUUUUUUAUCAAUGAGAAUGCCAUAAGAAUAUGUAGGAGCUUAUUCUACGGUAUUGUUGAAGCUACCAAACAAGAGAAUACUCCUGUUAUCAAAAUAAUAAUACUAAUUGGCACUACAUUAUCUCUUAUUGCUCUUUUAUUGACAUUUUUCACUUAUUGUAUGUUUCCAACGUUAAGGACGCUGCCUGGGAAAAAUAACAUGAGUCUUGUUUUUGCAUUAUUUUGUGCCUAUACAUUUCUUGAAUUCGGUAUUGAAAGAACUGAAAACAAACUUGGUUGUAUGAUGCUAGGUAUUUGUAUUCAUUUUUUCUGGCUGUCCACUUUCGGAUGUGUGAAUGUUUGUUCUUUUCAUAUGUAUAGUACUUUUCGACAGAACUUCAUAUUCCAGAGUUAUGAUCAAGAAAGAGACAGAAAGCGGUUUGCCCUUUAUAACCUUUACUCAUACGGCGUUCCAUUGUUUUUCGUUGGCUUGAAUGUGAUAAUUUCCAAUCUUGUAAUUGACGAUCAAUCCUUCGGUUACGGUGGGAAGGCUUGUUUUAUAUCGCAUCAGUUGACGGUCCUUUCUACAUUCAUUGCUCCUGUGGCAGUCAUCUGUUUGGUCAAUCUUGUUUUGUUUAUUUUUACAGCAAUAAAUAUAGCCUCUACACCAAAAGCUUGUGCAACCGACUCUUUUUCGCAGAAUAAAAUUCAAUUUUCGGUUUAUGUCAAACUUUUUAUUCUAACUGGAGGUUCUUGGAUUUUGCAGAUUUUAGAUUCUUUUUUUCCGCUAUCAGUUUUCUCAAUUUUAGUUUCUACUCUGAAUUCAUUUCAAGGUAUUUACAUAUUUUUUUCAUACAUUUGUAACCAACGUGUUUUUAACUUGUACAGAAAUUUAACUGAACACAAGCAGGUUGAUACUAUUAAAACUGAUCAGCGGAGUUCCAAGUCGAAAACUUCGUUUCUGUCAACAGUAUCUGUUAAUAAAAACCGAAAUGAUAAAGAAGUUAGUUUAGGUCAAUCAAAACAGGAUGAAGGAGUUGUUUCAACUAUCAUGUGAAAUGGAUAUUGAGUGAUGCUAUUUCGAUUGAUAAUUUAGUGUGCCCUUCUAUGCGGUGAUGUUACACUAUUGUUUCGGGUAAGGGUGAAGGUUUGUACCUAUUAUAACCCGCUGCACCUGUUUGCACCUGUCUUAAGUCAGGAACCUGAUGUUCAGUAGUUGUCGUUUGUUGAUGUGGAACAUAAGUGUUUCUCGUUUAUUUAAAUGCAUUAUACCGUUGGUUUUCUUCGCAUUGGAAUAGUUUUACACUAGUCGUUUUGGGGCCCUUUGUCUUGCUGUUCGGUGUGACCCAAUGCUCCGUUUUGAAGACCGUACUUUUAUCUAUAAUGGUUUACCUUUACAAAUUCGGACUUUGAUGGAGAGUUGUCUGAUUUGCAGUCAUACCACAACUUAUUAUAUCAAUAAAACGUAGAGUUUGUUAUUUUACAGCCAAAAUCUGCUAUUGA